CUCGUCGAGACCCGCCCCGCCGGGAGAUGGCCGCCCACGGCUGCCUGCUGACGACGGCCGUGCUGCUGGCGGCGGCCGCGGCGCUGGCCGACGCCCGCCACCACAGGAACUUCUGUCCGGUCACCGUGCAGCGUCAGGUCACGUGUCGCGUGAAGAACGGCACCGAGGAGUACGACGGCACGGACUACUCGAAAUGCUAUCGUACUGGCAACUGGAAUGACUGUCGGCACACUGUGAGGCGGCGCCGGCCGAAGUACGUCACCUCAUUCAAGAUGGUGAAUCGGGUCCAGUACCGCUGCUGUCCGGGCUUUGAAGGGGAGCACUGCACGGAAGCCUGCUUCACCUGCAACGACUUCACCCACGUCCUCAGUCGCGUGACCACGCUGGAGACGUUCGUCGGCAUGAGGACGCCGUCCGGUAUUCCCGAACCUGGAUACACCUCACCGGCGCGGGGAGACAUCCCGGCGGAGGAGGAUGACCGGCAAACGAACCGGCUGCCGCCGGCCUGCGACUGCCCGCCAGGGCCGCAGGGGCCGCCGGGACCGCCGGGACCGCCCGGCCGGGUGGCCUCGGCGCGGUCCGACGGUCCGGGUCUACCCGGUGUGCCCGGCAUGCCAGGGAGGGACGGGCUCCCGGGAGAGCCAGGUCGGUCGGGCCCAGAGGGUCCGCCGGGCUUGCCAGGUCUGCCAGGGCCCGCUGGACCGCCAGGACCCGCCGGACCGUCAGGGGUACCCGGUGAGGCGGCGGAGGGUGGCGGCAGGGCCGCGCCCGGCGCCGGCACCUCGUUCGAGCCGGGACCGCCGGGUCGGACGGGUCCAGCCGGUCUGCCCGGACCGCGAGGACCGCCCGGACUGCAGGGAGACCCCGGUCUGCCGGGUGUGGUCGGUCGGCCGGGCCCCACUGGAUCUGAUGGCGCGCCUGGAGAGCCGGGCCCGCCCGGAGGGCAGGGCUUCCCCGGCCCGCCCGGGCUGCCGGGAGCCAGCGGCGCCACCGGUCUGGACGGGCCGCCGGGACCGGUGGGACCGGUGGGAGCCCCCGGCCUGCCCGGACUGCCCGGCACCGCGGCCGGCGAACCGACCGGCGGCGCCUCCGCCGCCGAGACGGCGCAGAUGAGGGCGCAGAUCACCGACCUCAACGGCCGGGUGCAGACGCUGGAGCGCCAGCUGCAGGAGCUCAGCGAGAGCGUCCGGGCGCUGGCCGAGUCGUCGGACGGCUUCGACCCGGGCUUCUCAACCGGCGACGACGAGGACGGCGGCCAGGGCAGCGGCCUGGUGCCCGACGACUACGACUACUUCGACGGCGACUACGCCGACUACGGCGCCCGUGAGCGGCGCGGCUCGCGGCGCGCCGCCGCCGGCCCCAGCGGGACGCGCGCCGGGGCGGCCCGGCUCGCUGCCGCCAAGAGUGGCCGACUACGACAGCAGCAGCUGUAGCCGCCGCCGCGCCGCCGCGCCGCCGUUACGCGACCCCGCCCACUGCCGAUUUGUACGUGUCCGGCCGUCUGCCGCGGGCCGUCAGCGCGCCGGAGUCUUUCGCGCCCCGCCUGCUUCUGCGCGGCCGUCGCGCGCCGCCGGAGCCGACCGCGCGCGCCGUAGCGUGGCGCACCUGCGCUCGGCCCGGGCGGGGAGCCCGCCCAAGCGUCAAUACACUAGGACCGGCUGGCUGGCGGUCUUCGGAGUGCCGCGUU